AUGUUUAGUAGUAGUAGUAGGAUGAUGUUAAUGGUGAUAGCCAUUAUCUCUGUCAUUCAAUUAUUAUUUAUACAAUAUUGUAAUGCUACUACUAGAGAAUAUGUAUUGAUAAUGAGAUUUUCGUCAUUGCCAUGCGAGAUGGACAAAUUAAGAGAUUUCUCAAGUAUCCCUUUGGACACUUGCUUUCCACAAGAACAACCGUUAUCUAGGUCAUUCAAGUAUACCAUCAUUGUCUCCAACGGCACUCAAAUACCGGUCCUCCACCAAUACGCAGACAACAAUUGUACUUGGCAAUCAAGUGAACUAGUGGACAACAACAACUAUUCCAAUAUUAAUAUUGGGACAUGCAUUCGAUCCAAUUGGGGUUGCCACAAUGCAGAGAUUAUCACUGAGGCUCAGCACCUAGCCAUCUCUCCUUUUGGAAACAGAUAUUGUUAUGAAAAGUAUGCUGCUCCAUGCAAUAAUGGAGUUCCAUAUAGUAAGACAUGUGUUUCUAGAGCCAGUGGACCCUAUUUUUUUGAUAGAGCUAUAAAUGAAUGGAUAUUUUGGACUGAACCCCGUGACAAUGGUGUCAUACUUGGUCACGGCCCUUUACUUACCGUGUACAUGGAUACCAACACUUCUCAUCUUUUGUCAGAAAAGUGUGACAAAUCGAGAGAGACCGCCGCCGUUGCCUUUCCAAACCCCAACAAUCCAAUGCUGAUAUACAAUGCCAUGCCUUACACUCCACUUUCAAUCACUGUGGGUAGUUACGACGUACGUCCACUGUUUAUCAGGCUGCAUUCAUUCUGGAGCAACUGGAACUCAGAGAUAGUAGCAGGUAUGGUCGUUAACCUUACAUACCAGUUUCCCGACAAACAACCUGUUUCCAUGUUGUGCCCGUACUUUAAGGGUUGUGACAUUGUCAGCACUGAUAUUGUCAAAUCCACCAAUUUGUCAUUCAAAAUUUACCUCCAAAAUUAUAAAGGAUUGGGUCCUCUAGAGCCAGUAUUUAGUCAAGAUUUUACCAACCUUCCUUUGGAUUUUUUUGUUAAUCCAAGUAGAACACCUAAUCUGGCAUCUGACAGCUCUAUUGAUUGUAGGGAUGGGGUAAAGAGUUUGACCGUAUCUCAUUUUAAGAGAGAUGUUGUACAAAUGUGGACAACAGCAGAUACAAGAGUAGACAUUUUCAAAAUCGAUUGUAUUGUACAAGAUCAAGAUGAUGUUGAUGCUGCGCAAAGACCAUUUUUGGACCUCUAUAAACCAUGCAAUUCAGAAUCGCUUCUGGGAUGUAAAAGUUUAUCGUCGUCGAGUAGAUACCCGAUGGAAUGUUCUGCAUACGGUUUCAUAGAGUGUAAUGCUGCCUAUCAGGUCAAAUGCCGGGUUGGUAAUAGUGUCUGUGAAUACAAACAUGGUAGUUUGAUAAUGCCAACAGGAGCAGGUACCAAUGAUACACGUUCAUCUAAAUUAUCACUGGUUGAACCAUCAUCAUCAUCAUCUUCUUCAUCUUCCGAUACUGAUACACAUGACUCGAAUUCAUCAUCUGAUAAUUCAAAUACCACUACUGCCACAACAACGACAACAGGGGUUCCAUCAACACAACCUGUUGAACAAUCUGAUUCACCUUCCACCUCAUCUUCAUUAUCAUCAUCAUCAUCAUCGUUUACAUUAAUCAUUAUCGCAAUAGACCUGACCUAUUUAUAUUUAGAAAGAAAUAAUAAUAAUAAUCAUAACAAUAAAUCCAUUAUCUAUGUCAUUCAAUUAUUAUUUUUACUUACAUAUUGUAAUGCUACUACUAGAGAAUAUGUAUUGAUAAUGUCAUUUAGUACAUCGUCGUGUACAGUGGCAAAUGUAAGAGAUUUCUCUAGUAUCCCUUUGGAUACUUGCUUUCCACAAGAGCAACAUUUAUCCAACUCUUUCAAGUAUACCAUCACAAAGCUUAGAGAUGGUUACAGGAUACUGACACUCAACCAAUACGCAGACAACAAUUGCACUUGGAGAUCAAGUGAAUUUAUAGAUCUUGAUAUUGGGAGAUGCGUUCAGCCAAAUUUAACUUUUUUCUACGAUGUAGAGAUUAUCACCGAGGCUCAACACCUAGCGAUCACUCCCUUUGGAGAAAGAUAUUGUUUUGAAAAGUAUACUGCUCCAUGCAAGAUUGGAGUACCAUAUAGUAAGACAUGCAAAUUUGGACCAAGUAAUCAGACAAAUAUUUUUGAUAGAGCUGUAAAUGAAUAUUUAUCUUGGACUGAACGCCGUAGCAAUGGUAUCAUACUUGGUCAUGGCUUUACUUCGUCGUCAUUGGGAGGUAUCACAGAUGCCAACCCUUUUCAUCUUAUCACAGACAAGUGUAACAAAUCGAGAGAGACUGUCGCUGCUGACUUUCCACUCACUAAUCCAAUGUUUGUGUUCAAUGCAAUGUUUUAUACUCCACUUUCGAUCUCUGUGGGUGGUUACGACGUACGUCCACUGUUUAUCAGGCUGCAUUCCUUCUCGAGUAACUGGCACCCAGAGACUGCGGCAGGUAUGGUCGUUAACCUUACAUACCAGUUUCCCGACAAACAACCUGUUUCCAUGUUGUGCCCGUACUUUAAGGGUUGUGACAUUGUCAGCACUGAUAUUGCCAAAUCCACCACUUUGUCAUUCAAAAUAUACCUCCAAAAUUACAAAGGAUUGGGUCCUCUAGAGCCAGUAUUUAGUAAAGAUUUUAACUACGUUCCUUUGGGUUUUUUUGUUAAUCCAAGUAGAACACCUAAUCUGGCAUCUGACAGCUCUAUUGAUUGUAGGGAUGGUGUAAAGAGUUUGACCGUAUCUCAUUUUGAUAGACCAUUUGUACAAAUGUGGCAAACAGCAGAUACAAGAAUAGACAUUUUCAAAAUCGAUUGUAUUGUACAAGAUCAAGAUGAUGUUGAUGAUGAACAAACACCAUUUUUGGACCCCGACAACGUUAUUGAUUAUAUACCAUGUAAUUCAGAAUCGUUUUUGGGAUGUAAAAGAUUAUCGUUGUCGAGUAAAUACCCGAUGGAAUGUUCUGCAUACGGUUUCAUAGAGUGUAAUGCUUCCUAUCAAGUCAAAUGUCGGGUUGGUAAUAGUGUCUGUGAAUACAAACAUGGUAGUUUGAUAAUGCCAACAGGAGCAAGUACCAAUGAGACACGUUCAUCUAAAUUAUCAUUGGUUGGACCGUCAUCUUCCGAUACUGAUACACAUUCUAGUGACUCGAAUUCAUCAUCUGAUAAUUCAAAUACCACUACUGCCACAACAACAACAACAGGGGUUCCAUCAACACAACCUGUUGAACAAUCUGAUUCACCUUCCACCUCAUCUUCAAUAUCAUCAUCAUCAUCAUCGUUUACUUUAAUCAUUAUCGCAAUGUUGGUUAUAUUCCUUCCUAUCUCUUAA